UGUCCACCAAGCCCUGGGAAGUCUGCUGCUCUGGUUCGGCCUUAAUCGAUUCUUCCGGCGACUGCAUGCGCUAGAGCAAGCCACCGAGCGGCGACGCCAGAUCCGUUGGCGAGAGGGUGCCUCGUUGGUCGUUGUCGUUGGCUCGUUGCCCGAGAGCUCCAGCAGCAGCGGACAGGCUUGCGUGCGCGCUUAUGGGCUGGCCCAGUCGUCGUCUCGCUCGCUAAACGGGCCCGAGGAGAGAUAGAGAUAUACUACUGGUGGGCUGGGUGCCCUGGCCUGGCGCCGUGUUCGAUCCAAAUCGAGAUUCCAUACUCGCGACAGCGAGAUCCAAAUCGAGAUUUCUCGACCCUUAGGUCUCGUCGAACCAGGGUCAGCUGAUGCUCAAUCGGGUGAUGUCGAUGCAGCGGGAAAGUCGUCGCCUGCAAAUCCAACCCCAUAAUGGACCAGCUGAUUCAACGGUUCACAGAAAGGACUCAACCUGCACAGAAGACCAUUGUUCCCAAGGUGGUGAACCACAAUGCCCUGGGCCACAUCUUCCAGAGGAUAUCUGGUGUCAUAUAUUCUCCCUACUGCCAAUGCAAGAUGCUGCUCGAACUGCCUGCGUGUCUCAUGCAUUUAAACGUUCUUGGAGAUGCUAUCCAAACCUUGCUUUCAACGCGAAAGCACUGGGCAUGGAUGAAAGAUCAUGUGGAGAGGAUGAAAUAGUAAGAAAUUUCACCAGCAGAGUUGACAACAUUUUGAAAAAUCACUCAUGCAUUGCCAUCAAAACACUCGAGAUUGUUUUCCGUUAUUACGAUGACAAGGUAUGUAACCUUGAUGGCUGGCUUCAGACUGCUAUUACACCAGGGAUUGAAGAACUCACUGUUCAGCUAUCUACAAAGUCACGAAAGCAUUAUAACUUUCCGUGGUCACUUUUGGCUAAUGAGAAUGGAAAAUUGAUUCAGUAUCUAAAGCUUUCUUGUUGUGCUUUCUCUCCCACUGUCGGGCUGUGCUUGAAAAGUUUGUCAAGACUUGAGCUAUUUGAUGUUAAUAUUACGAGGGAUCAGAUGGGGUCCCUUCUUCACAAUUUUUUUGCUUUGCAACGGAUGCAACUCAAGAAUUGCAAUAACAUAACUUGCUUAAAGAUGCCAUUUCAUCUGCAACAGCUCAAAUACCUGGAAGUGCUUCACUGCAGCAGCCUGAAGGUUAUAGAGAUAGAAGCUCCAAACUUAUCUAAUUUUCAAUUUAUGGGUCUCUGCCAAGUACAACUAUCACUUGGAGUAGCAUUGCAAUUCAAGAAGUUUGACAUGUCCUUCCCCGGUGUUGUCAGUUAUGCAUGCACUAAUCUUUUGUCCAACUUGCAAUAUGUUGAAGCUCUUUCUCUAUGUUCACGUCAUGAGAUAAUUGAUACACCAGUGUUACCUAGCAAAUUCUUACAUCUCAAGCACUUGAGUGUUGAUCUUAAUGCAAUGACAUUUCCGCCGACCUACGACUAUUGUUCUCUAAUAUCCCUUUUUGAUGCUUCUCCUUCCUUGGAGACCCUUGUCCUGAAUGUGUUGCAGAGAAAGAUGUUGCACGAAUCAAUCGUCGGAGAUACAUCAAAUUUGAGGCAGAUACCAGGACACCGCCAUGAUAGGCUUAAGACAGUGAAGAUCAUUGGUUUCUCCUCUGCGAAGAGCGUAGUAGAGCUAACAUGCCAUAUCAUUGAGAAUACAGCGUCACUUCAGUGCCUUACAUUGGACACCACAACAGGACAUCCUUGGCAUAGCUGUUUGACCAACUAUAGUGGAAAGUGCUUGCAUUUGCGCGUAGAUUUUCUGGUGGAAGUUGGUAAAGGGCUCUUGGCUAUCAAGACAUACGUUGAGCCAAAAGUUCCCUCAAGAGUCAAGCUAAAUGUUGUGGAGCCUUGUCGCCGAUGCCAUGAUCUUGAACCGCUGUCAUGAUCUCGAACUUCAUUUGCAAGUUAUCAUAAGCACCCUAUGGUUCCUGUGUAAGUAGGCCGCGUGUUACCCUUGAAUACUUCCUCUGUUCUAGUAGAAUAUAUAUGGUGAGUA